CAGAAGGGAGAUCCUUCUUUAGCCCCCGACAGAAGACUGCGUCUGUGUGGUGGUGGUAGUGGUAGUGGCUGCCGCUCGUAUCAUUUUACUGAGGCCGAUGUCGGUGUCUGUUCGACAUCCUCUCCUGCUCCUGCUGCUGCUGACGGCUGGAGUCGGAGUGGACCUCUCCUCCCCACCCCUCCAGCCGCUGUCAGAGCUGGAGGUCACCCCCAGCUGCAGCCUGGAGCGGCUGUGUUACACCACCACUGACCUCAAGUCCCGACUGGCGGAGGUGACCGAUCGUUUGGACCGACUGCAGCGCAGAAUGGACUCCCGGUUAGGAGAGACAGAGCCUAUCCCGCCGGACACCGCCACGGUCAGAGACUGCAGUGACCUUCCGGCCGGCUCUGCCAGUGGCGUGCACCUGCUCCGACCUGACCUGGGCCGACCUGUACCCGCCUACUGUGACCUGACCUCGUCCGGCGGAGGGUGGACGCUGCUCCUACGCCGAGCCGACAUCCGACCGCGGCGCGACUUUUACCUCGGCUGGCACGAGUACAAGUGGGGUUUCGGGGAGCUGGACGCCGAGUUCUGGUGGGGACUGGAGAACCUGUGGCGGCUCACGUCACUGCUCGACCGGCGCUACGAGCUCAGGGUCGACCUGGAGGACUUUGACGGCGGGAGGCGACACGCGCUGUACCAGGGGUUCCGCAUCUCCUCCGAGGAGGACGGGUAUCGACUAUCGGCGGAGAACUAUACCGGAGAUGCCGGCGACAGUCUCAGUUAUCACGUUGGACAGCGGUUCUCCACAAAGGAUAGGGACCACGACAGCCACGGGGUCAAAGAGUGCGCCAACAUAUUCAAGGGCGGCUGGUGGUAUAAGUCGUGUUUUAAAUCAAAUUUGAACGGGCAGUAUCUGUCCGGAGAGACACCCCCGAAGUCGUACGGUGUGGUGUGGGAUGAGUGGCUCGGGAUCAAUUAUUCUCUGCAGAUGGUCGAAAUGAAGAUAAGACCGACCAAAAAGUUAUGAACUGUUGAAAAAUAUAUCCUUAUCAA